AUGUCCUCAUCCAACCAGGGCUUCCGGUGGUAUACAAGGAGGCUAAGAAUUGACGAAGACGGCGACGUCGCCGACGAGUUCUUGGACGAGGUCCUCCCCGAAAGCUCGAACAACAACGACGGGAGCCCCGCUGGAAGGUUCCAGGUGAAAUACAACACGAGACCAACCGCUCUAGCGAUGAGGAAGCAAACGGUCGCCGUAGACGGCGACAUCCGCCAUUGUGUGGAGCAUCAAGGGCAGCUCCAGUGGGUGUGA